UCAGUCUGCUCGCUGAAUUCAUUGCGUUACGUUUACGUUGCUUUCCGUUCCGUCGUUGUUGUGUUCCGUGUCCGUUGCUUUUUUGCCAUUUCUCGGUUUGUCGGUGUUUUGUCGUUUGUAGUUGUAGCAGUGUUGCCUUAGUACUCAUUAACUAUUUGGCCAGUGUAUAGCGACAAGAAAUAAGAACAAAAGCUGGAGCUGGUUAAUGAAUAAAAAAGGCGGAGAAGAAUCGUUAUAACAAAACACAAAUACAAAAAACCAAAACAACCAACAACAACAUCAACUAAUAUCAAAUUAAUAUUUAAGCAUAAUUAAUUAAUGAAAAGUAAAAGAAUCGUAUACAUAAAUAAAUAAAUAUUAAUAAUGAUAUACAUAGUAAGUUAAUUGUAAAGUACAAAACCAAAAAACAACAAAUAAGAGAUAAACACCAACAACCAACAACAAACCAACCAACCAAAAAAAAAAAUAUACAAAAUUAAUUAAUUAAUCAAUCAACAAAUAGUUAAUGAAAAUUUAAUAUGUACAUGCAAGCAAUCUGAAUCGACAACGCCAACAACAACAAUAGCCACUGCAGCAAAAUAAUAAUCACAACAACCAAUAAUAAUAACAACAACACAAGCAACAACCACAACAACAACACGGAUCAAUACCAAAGAUGGAGGCAAAAUUCUUGGCUGCCGCUCUUUCAUUCCUCUCGAUAUUUUUAGCGAUUUAUGCUCAAUCAUCUGCCAGCGAUAUUGCGAAUGAGAGCGACGGAGAAUCAAAGGAGCUUUUGCCACACGAUUUUAGCACGCCCAUCAUUUAUUACGGCGAUGCGAGUGUGAACAUCGGGCAACCGUUUGAGAUCCUUUGCGUAAUACCCAUUAGCGAGAAGAUCCAUUGGCUGCGCAAUAAUGAGUCGAUAACUCGUCACAAUUUCCGACACGGCCAUGACGAUCAUUCGUAUCAGUUAUCGGAAUCAGCCAUCGAAGGGGAGUCGCACAAGAUCGAAGCGCAGCUGAAGGUGCGACAUGCGUUGAAGGUGCACGAGGGACGCUAUCAGUGCAACAACAAUCACCGUCAUGGCAAUGGCUUCCAUAUGCUGCGCGUGAACAGCAAAGAGUCGCUAAGUUCGACGGAAAGUGGCGGUGGAUAUCAAACGAUUGAUGAGAUGACGCCCAGUUCACCCAACGAUGUCUUCACCAAGACGUGGAAGGAGCAACAAAUGCCGCACAAUCCGCACAACAAUCGGCAACCAGCACAACAACCACAACAACAUUAUUCCUAUGGUGCAGUUGGAAAUGCGUCGUAUAACGAAUUCACCACACAGUGGUACAACACUCCGGCUAGUGGUGGCCAAGACGAAGGAGCGAUUCAUCGCAUAUAUUCGGCAACGGCGCCCUUUAUUCCACCACCCCGAUGGGAGGAACAUACGGUGGCCCGACCAGAGGCACCCACCAUACUGUACAAUCAAACACUGCUCAACACUGCCACAGAUGAUGCUGCAGCAGCGUCGUCGUCAUCACCGUCAUCAUCAUCAUCGGCCAGCGCGACAAUAACAACCACACCGCAUCAUCGUACACAUCAUCAACAGCAACAGUUGCAAAAGCAGUCGCAGCACAUACUAAACGCUUAUCAACUGCCAGUGCCGCCGCAACAUUCCGGGCAUCGCAAUGAGAAAUAUCAGACGUAUUCGCCGCAAUUUUUGCCGACAACAGCUAUAGGUGGCGACACCGUUACGUCGGCGACCACAUUAUUCACCACGGCCCACAACAACAACAACUAUGGGCAAAUGCAGCAGCAGCCCAAGAUGCUCUUGCCUAUUCAGAAGGGGCCAGAAUCGUUGGUGCCAAAAUAUGAAAACGUGGAGAAGCAAAUGGUAUUUUAUAAUAUACGAUCGCAUCUUAUACUCAGCUGUGAGGUAAAAAUUGGGAAUUAUAGUGAUCUCAUAUGGAAAAAGAACGACACUUUGGUGAAUGAUGUGAAAACUCUGAUAGGCCGCUUUAGAAUUAUCAAGGCUGAAGGAAAGUUCGUGAUUGACAAGGCGGAUGUUAUCGACGAUGGUCGUUACAGUUGUGAAUUAAAUGGCGUAUCCAAGAAUAUAACGGCGAUUGCUAAGCCGAUUGUUCGAGUGCCUUCAAAUCACGGUGUUGUGGAGGGCGAGAAAUUGACAAUCCCGUGCACAGCGGUCGGUAGUCAACCUAGAUUGUCAUGGAGCUUUGGCAAUUACACAAAUGUAACAGAGAGCACAGGUCGUUAUAUACUGAAAAAAGAUGAAAGUUCUAAUGUCGAGAAUUCAAUUCUAAUCAUUGAGAAUGUUACUCUGGACGACAGAGGCGAUUACAAGUGCUCAGGCCACAAUGCGGCCCCUGACGAUGCCAACGAUACUGCAACUGUUCGUGUUAAGGGCAAAUUCGCAGCCUUGUGGCCUUUCCUGGGCAUCUGUGCUGAGGUGCUGAUUCUUUGUUUGAUCAUUCUCAUCUAUGAGAAGCGACGCAACAAGAGUGAACUGGAGGAGAGUGAUACUGAUCCCCAAGAACAGAAAAAGAAAAGGAGAAAUUAUGAUUAAAAUUCCUAAAGACAGCCUAAAAACGAAAAGAAAAAAAUAAAUAAAAAAUGAAAGCAUUAUAUUAUAUACAUAAUAUACACAUACAACUAGCAAAAUGAGUGUUGUCACAAAAGAUCCAAGCCCCCUUCCCUAUCUCUCUCACACACUCUAUCUCUCUCUAUCUGAAAUACCCCAAACAAAAAAACAAUAUCCUGGCUGGAGGUCCUCUAUCCUAAAAACAAAAAAUUACUCCCAAGAUACCCCAAGAAUUGUCUGCGAAUAUUGUUUAGUAAAAUUGUAUUUUAUUAUAAAAGAAAAAACCAGAUUAAUAUUAAACAAAGGAUGGAAAAUUAACAUUAACAAAUGAAAGUGAUAGCAGUUAAAUGAACACUAAAAAUAAAAAACAAAAUCGGAACACUAGUAAUAAAUAUAUAAAAUAACAAAUAAAAAAAAAAACCAAAACAAAACUAAACGAUCAAUGGGAUCCACGAAGUUGGCACGACGAUGUUGAUGACGAUGAUAACACGAUGAUGGUCCAGAACCCAACACCGAAUCCGCAGUACUCUUAAUACAACAACAACAACAACAAUUACAACAACUAUUAAAGAUGUAUCACGCCCCCUUCCCCCAGUCCCCCAAAAGCAGUUACUCACACAUACAUACAAUACAUACAUAUAUUAACACAUACAUGUGUGUGUACGUAGGUUGAAUCGCCAUCUUAAAAGAAAUGUUGUACAUAACCUAACAAGUUUAUUGUUUACAUCUAGAAAACCAACAAAGAAAAGAAAAAAGUAAAAAGAGAAAAAACGUCGAGGGUUCCGUCUUCAAUCUCGCGUAUUUAUUUAUAUAUGGGAUUUUCAUUUGUAGCUAGUUUUCUUCGGGGUGUGUUUAAGUUCAAGUUUCUUGGGUGCGAUCAAGUGAAAAUACUUCUCAAAUCUUCAAGAAAUAAAAGUACGAACAUAACAAGAGAUAAAAGAACAACCAAAACAAAAUGCAAAUGAAGAAAAACAAAAAAAAAACAAACAAAAAACCAAAAAAACUGUUGAAAGAGAAAAAUGUUAAAAUUUGUUUAUUAAUAUUAGUUAAUAAAAAUAAAGAACUUUUUAAACAAUUAAGUAGCGCGUUAUGAGUAUAUUUUAAUAACAAAACCAAAUAAAAGAAAAAAACAAAAUACAAAUCAAAUAAUAUGAAAUGAUAAUGAUAAUGAUGAUGAUGAAAAUGAAUAUGGUAAAAAUUGAACAUAUAAGAAGACGAAGAAUAACAACAACAACUACAUUGUAAAUUUGCAUAAUUUUAAACAAAUUGCGUACUGCCAAAACUUGUAAAGUUCAGUACUAUUUGCUUACUUUUACUAUGAAAUAUGAUUAUUAUAAUUAUGUUAUGUAUGAUUACGACAUUAUGACGACUUUGCCUCAUUUUUGCAAAAACAAAAACUAAAAGUAAAAAGUAAAAACAAACAGAAACAAACAAGCAAAUCAAAAAGUAAAAUACAAACAAAACCACUGUUGAAUAAUUAAUUAAUUGAUUUCUGUUAGUUGUUAAACCUUUUUGGUUGUAUAUGUAUGUGUGUGUAUAAAGAAAACCAAGUUAAAAUACUAAAGCGGUCUUCAAUUUUCAACAAAAAAAAAAACCAAAACAUAAACAAAACGUAUACUUAAUCUGAUUCUGAAUAUCCUUAGUUGACUUUUCAAAACUUCUCAUAUUAGAUUUCUGUUUUUCACUUUUUUGCCGCCACCAAAGCUUUAAAUAUUUAUAUAUAUAUAGUAAACUGUGUUCUCAGUAAAAACAAAAUAAAUAAAAAAUAAAUAAAUUAAUAAUGAGGAUAAAUUAUUAUGUUGACAUGUGCAUAAAACAACAUGAGACAUUUGUAUAGUAAACUAAUAAACUAAUAAAUAAAAUCAUAAAUAAUAUAAAUAACCGUUCUUGUUAUAUACGAAAACAAAACAAAUGGAAAACUAAUGCAGAAAAUGCAAAAAACUGAAUCAUCGUGUGUGUAUGUUCGAUAUCGAUACAUAUACAUGGAUAUAUAUAUAUAGACAUUAUAUAUAUAUAUGAAGAUAUUUAGAUACUUUGAAACCGUCGUAAUCGUAACACUCUCGAUUGAUCAAUAACAAGUGAUCGAUAUCGAUAUCGCAAUCGAAAUGAGCAAAAUCUAGGGUUUUUUGUGCAUAAGUUUUUUAUUGUACAGUUUGUGGCUUAUUUGUGUAACGACUAUUUGUGACUAUAUAUAAUAUAUAGAUCUACAUAAUUAUUAUGUGUAUUGUAUACAGCAGACAAAUUGUUUAUUUACGCCCCCAAAAAAACUUUCUCUAACUCCUCCCACUCACACACACACACACACACACUCGCAGACACUACGACAGACGUACGUACAUACACAUGUGUACUAUAUGACACACAUUCACACACACACAUACAUGUAACCUAUUGAACUGAAUAAGUGAGCCCACGUUGCGUAUACACACACACACAAACACACACCAACAGCAACAGGAAGAAGAACAGCUACGAUACCUAUUUACUGCUAUAAUGUAUGACGUAAUGUUACCCACAAACAAAAACAACAACAACAACAAGAACGACUAUUGAACAUACUACAAAAUAACAACAACUUUAAACACUCGUCAACUAUUGCUAUAUACUACAAACAAAAAGAAAAACCAAAAAAAAGAAAGAAAUACUAUACAUUAUAUAUACACUUAUAUACAACAAGUACAUACGCAGUAUUGUAUGUUUUUUUAUGUACAGUAAAAACGACAACAACAACAACAAGAACAAAACAAAAACAAGAACAAAGCCUGACAAAACAAAUCGUGUAUCCUAUAAAUCCUCAGUAUAUAUUUAUUUAUGCCUUUCUUUUCGAUUGUUUAUAUUAUGAUAUGUAUGUAUUAUGAUUAUUAUCGAUAACAAAACCAAAUACCAAAAAACCAACAACAACAACAACAACUGGCACACAAUUUUACUCUCCCGCGUUAAGCGCUUCAUGAAAAACAAAAUUAUAAGUAAGCGAAUCUAAUAUAAUAUUAUAUUUAGAUAUAUAGAUAUAUCUAUAUAUAUAAACUUAUGUGUAUAUAUGCGAUAUACAUAAAUAUUAUUAAUGAUAACAGGUAAUUUUAAUUAGCUUUAAGCCACGUUACAACCAAUUUUGAACCAUUCAAACAACAAACAAAAACCGCAACUCCAACUACAGAUGUAUAUUUCAUCAUGUAGUCUCAAAAAUCACCGCAAAUGUUUCACCCUUACGAUCAUUUCAGUUUCAACACUCAAAAAAAGCUAACAAACAAACAUAAAUCCAAAAAUAAACACACAAAAUUAGUUACACGAUAAUAACGAAUGAAUGAUCGAUAAUGAUCAAAGAUCGAAUAUCGAUUGCAAGUCACACGUUUUACCUCAACUAAUUGGUAUUCGUGUAAGUCCCCGUUCCCUAAGCAACUCCAGUGCCUAUAGAUGUGCACUUUUGUCAUAGUUAUCGAUGUCGAUAUGUUGUGUAUCGAUUAAAUUUGUCGUCGUUACGUUGUUUCCGUUGUCCUCUUAAUGUCCUCGUAACUCUUUGUAGUGUAAAGUUAGCCUAACAAAAUGAAAUUGCCUUAGGGUUUCAGUAGAAUAACAAGAAGAAGAACAACAAUUUACUAAUUGUAAUGCAAGAAAACAAACUCCAAAUCGAAAGUAUUCUCCUGAUUGAUUUUGUAGAAGCAAACGUCGUGAAAACGUGUGACUUGCUCUCUGACACACUAGGCGUAUAAUCAAUUUGUAUGAAAUACUCUAUAAUCCAGUUAUAACUACGGGUAAAUCAUUUAUAAUAAAAAACAAAACAAAAAACAGCAAACCAAUUAUAUAGAUUAUACAAUGAGAUCCCGUAAGACAGCCAAAAAUAGAUAAAAAAAAAGUGUUUUUUAUUUUAAAUUGAACAAUGAAAUUGAUAGAAGAGAAAUGAAAAGCAAAUCAAUCAAGUGCCCACAUAUUAAGAAAAAAAAAACAAAAAAACAAUUAAUCAUUCGAUAGCUAGCCGAAAGAAAAUACCAACACCAAUAUCGGACGAAAAGUUUUUAUCUAUUUUUGGUUAUCGAUAUACGAUAUUCUGGCAGCAUGUGAAAUCCAGGCGUCUUCAAACUGUAUUUAAUUGCUACAUAACAUCAAAUGAACUAUGAACUAUUUAAACUAUGAUUUUUUAGCAAUUUAUAUAGUCAUAGUAAUACUACUAUAUAUGGAAAGAUGGAAGAAGGGAUGUAGAGCAAAUGUUUAAACAAAUCACAAGUCAACAGGGCACAGCGCUUCUUUAACUAUUAAAAAAAAUAUUCAUUUCGAUGAGCAACUUUUUUAAAACCAACGCUAAACUUAACUAAACUAACUAUAAACUAAACCAAAAACCACAAAAAAAAAAACUAAAAUACUAUAAAUAUGGAAAAUGCAAACUUUUUAAACUAAUAUUGAAUUGAACCCAACAAAGUGUUCAUUAAACUAAAAGCAACAACAAAAUGAUUACAUAUAUAUACAUAUACAUAUACAAUAUUAACGUAUAUGUGUGUAUUCAACACGACAUUUUGUAUGGCUAAUGGCAUUAAAAAAAUAAAUAAAAUAAAACAACAACUUAGCUAUGUAAUUUAAUGUAAAGAGUUUAAUAAAUUGAACACAACCAAACAACUACACUAACAACACAUAAUAAAUUACAACACAUAAAUAUACAUCAUAUACAUGCAUACAUAAAAUAACAUAAAUUAAUAACGAAACAAAACAAAAGAGAAAAAAAACAGUAUAAUAAUACCCAUUCAUCAAAUUUCUAAACAUAACGAUUUAACGAAUUUCAUGGAAAACUGCGCUCCUUACGCCUCUCCACUAAUCUACCGAUAUUUCUAUCGAUAUACAUAUAUUUAUACUACAUACAUAUAUACAUAAACAUAUACAAAAUACAUCUAUAUAUAAAGAUAUAUAUAUAUAGGAAACAUACAUACUACACUUGUUUUUAGCACUUGCAUAUGCAUUAGAGCUGUCAAACUAUCGAGUGUACUAUCGAUAAAAGUAAAGACUAAAUUUACGAAUUGUGCAAAAUUAAAAUUAACAAUUUAGUAUUAAAUCCACAAAUUCAGAAUUCUUUUUUAAAAUUCUAAAAUAUUUACAACUUCUGUUUGUUUUCCUCUAUCAAAAUAUCGUUUUAAUUGAAUACUAAUUUUUAAACACAUCGAUGGUUUGAAAGCUUUAAUUUGUUAAUUUUUGUUUUGUUUUAUUUAACAACAACAAAAUGCAUUACUAACCCACAUACACACAUGCCAUGCAUUCACAUAUGUAUGUACAGAGUGUUGAAAUGAGGACAACAAAGAAGGGAUAGGAAAAAAGGAAAUCCGAACAGAAGAACGCAAAGCAAAAUGUCGUCACUAGAGUAACUAAAUAAAUUGUUGAAUCCAACACACACACACACGCAACAAAUACAUGCAUACUUAAUGCCAUAUUUCCGGAAACAAGCAGAACUUGAAGAAGAAGAAGACGAAAAGAACCCAGUUUAUAACUAAGUACUAUAUGAAAUCAAAUCGCAAUCCACACGAGCGUUAGUGCAGUAAUAAAAACAAUUGUAUUAUAUCUAAGAUUUCCCCUUCCCCUCUCUCCGAAACCAACAACAACAAACUCCGCAAACAGAACAUAAAACUAAAAGAUCUAAAAUAAUAAGAACACAAGGUUAAUUAAAUCUAAAAACAAAACAUUAUAUAUAUAUUAUUAUAUAUAUGAAAAUAUAUAUAAAUGCGGCUAUUUAUUAAGGUGAUUGCGACUUUCAGCUAAAACUAAAUUAGUAAUUGUAACAUUAAUAAAAAUUAAAAAUAAAACAAAACAAAAAACAAAAAAAAAAAAACAAGAAAAACAAAACCAAAAAUAUUUUAAAAGCAAGCGCUUAAAUUGUACAUUUUUACAAGGCAACUGUACAUUUAGCGCCCACGGCAUAAAAAAAAAUAAAAUUUAAAAUCUAAAAACAAAAAAGAAACUACAAAAACAAUUGAGUUAAAAAGGCACAGCAAAAUAUAUAUAAACAAAAUAAUAAAUAAAUGAGAAAAAUGAAGUGGAAGAAGAAGCAACAUGUGGAUCGCCAGAGAGACCGAUAUGUUGCUUAGCCAGAAUGGAAAUGAGUUUAUUAAAUAUACAUUUAAAAAUUCAUAAAUAAAAAGAAGAAAAAAACAAAAACUAAAAAGAAACCCAAUUCGUUGCAUAAUAUUUAAAACGAAGGUAGUAUUAACUCGAUUGCCUAAUUCUAAUAUUAAAAACAAAAAC